UCACACUGAAGUACAGUAGGUGGCGGUGUAUGUGCCUUUAAAUUGGAUGCGAUCCGCCAAUCCCGAAGAAGAAGAAGCUAGCCUGCUUGUACUAGUGGUCAAAUAAUAACAAAGAUGUCGUUUUUCGUGCGCGUGUAGCUUCCGUUAUGGAAACUUUAACAGCAACAGCCGUAUGAGCAGUGUGUCAAAUAAUGGAAGAAAGCUACGCUGCUCUUCGUGUGGAAAUGGAGUGUCGCCAUGAACCGAACUGGAAGCCCCUGACGAUGGAGAUUGGCACAGGGAUGGAGAAGGACACUGUGCCACCAUGGAACCCUUGCCGUUCUUCUGAUCGUAUUCAAGUGGCAGGUUUGAGAAAGGACCUUGUUGAGGAACAGGAGGAUGAAGAAGAGGCCUGCGGUGCUGAUAUGGAAGAUGAUCCCAUGGACCACAAUGAUCCCACAGAUCAUGAUGAUUACACUCUACUGUUACCGAUGUCAUCGCAAGGACCAUCACAGCCUGUUAAACCAAAGACAUCCUCAGAAGGACCAUCACAGCCUGUUAAGCCAAAGACAACAUCCUCUCUGGUUAAGCUUACGGAAGAUAAGCUCCACGUCACAGUGCUGGAGGGGACUUCUCUACCACCGCUACAAAGAUGCACAACCUGCUGCAGCUACUAUCAUUGCCCCUAUUGCACCUUUUUCAAACCUGCAAGAAGGACUAAAACCAUCCAGCAUAUACGGUGUCAUCUUGCAAGGGCCGUUUGUCAUAAGGGUUACACCAUGAUCAGGUGUACUUUUGACUGCAGGGAAGUUGGACAUUUCCACUGUGCAUUUUGCAAAAAGAUUCUACUAAAUAAAAACAUAUUCAUUGACCACCUGAAAAUGUGCGGCGGUGCGGAACCUGGUGGGACUAGCACUAACCUGGAUCCCAGACCAACCGUUCUCCAUGCGGAGGCCAUUCUCGAAGCUCUUGCUAAGCUCAAUGCAACCUCGACUUAUGGACCUAUGGAGCGUGCAAGGCUUAACAGCAACUUGAAAGUUGUUAGUGUGAAAAUGUUGCAGCGGUGCAAUGAACAAAACAAAGGCUUGAAGACAACAUCACAGACGAUCCAGAGUGUGCCAGGAGGGAUGGAGUGCCUGGCGCCAGAGAACCAUCUUGACAAUGAUCCAAAUCCUGGUUUGGGGAACCUUUCUGUCACGGAUCAAAUCCUAGAAGAAGUGGGUCUCAAACACCUUUUUACGGAAGGUGAAUCUUCAGCCGAAGACGACGAUAACACAGCGGCAGAGGAGGAAGGACUAUCACAGCCUACUAACAAUGAGCUCCCCGUCACAGUGUUGAAGGGACAAACGAUGCCACCGCUACAAAGAUGUACAACCUGCUGCAGAAAGUAUCAUUGCCCCUUUUGCACCGCUUUCAAACCUAAUAGAAAGUGCCAUCUCCUGAUGCAUCUCGACACUCCUAUUUCACGGGCUGUGUUUCACGACGGUUACGUCAUUAUGACAUGCACGUCGAACUGCAGGAAAGACGGACACAGACACCACCACUGUCCAUAUUGCAAGGAAACGCAACGUUCUAGACACCACCUCAUUAGUCACCUGAGAACCUGCAGAAGAAGGAAUCCCGGUGGUACUAACACUGGCGACGUAGAUGCCGCUUCUCUCGAAGCUACCAUUGCAUUCGAAGGUAUCACUGAGGAUGACGCUACCGCUGCCCUUCAGGUCGAGGCUACCGCUUCGGUCUCAACCUAUAACUUGACCCGUAACCAGCGUAUUGAAAUUACCCCUCAAAGCCAAACGUCUCAAAGUCCAGCCUAUAGGCCUCUGACGACUGUGUGUGAUCACUGUGGUUUUGUGCUCCUGAGAAAGAACUUGAAGCAGCACAUGCUGAGGAAACACCCGGAGAUCGCCACUCCAUGGGAGGGCGUAGAUCCCGUGUCUGUGGCACAACAACACGGCGCCAUGAAACACGCUGAAGGGACCAGACGGAGACUGACAGCCACCUGCACCGUAUGUGGGCGUACGGUGACCAUGAAGAACAUGAGAGCACACAUGAACAGAAAACACCCCGAUUCCUGGUAGAUGCCUGCUUUGCAAGCAGAGGCAUCAAAGCCUGGUCCCAGAUCUGUUUGUGCGUUUGCCUACUCUAUUGUCGUUGUCAACAAAACAGUUUGGCAAUGACAUAGAGUACAAUGAGUGGAAUGUUAGCAAAACAGGUUCUGGAUUUCAGGCUAUAGGCAUCAUGCAUCAACUACUUCAUUGAUGAGGCACUGAUGGCUGAAGUGUUUUUAUUUUUAUAAUUAUUUUUGGUACGUUUUACCCCUUUUUCUCCCCAAUUGGU